GAAAGAAAUAGAAAUAAAAAGAAAGAAAAAAAUAAAAAAAAAGAAAUAGAAAUAAAAAGAAAGUUAAAUUGAGAAUAAAAAGAAAUUACAAUAUGGCACGAGCACCAAUGAGAUCUUCGUUGAGGAGUCGAGAUUCAUCGAGUACAUCGACUGGUGUUGACCCUAGGGAAAAGAUAAGGAAUUAUUGCCGCAAAUUGAUUGCAUUUAUGUUCACUCAGGUGGGUGUGGGUGGACUUAUUGUUUGCUAUGCAUUGUUGGGAGCAAUGGGGUUUCAAAUGAUUGAAACCCAAGAAGAAUAUCCGCACAUAAUGAUUGUUGAUAAUUUGCGAAAUUCUUGUGCCACGGAUCUUUGGGAGGUGGCCAGAAAAUUUAACGUUUUUAAUGAGAGCGCCUACAUCAUGGGAACUGACAAAAUUCUCGAAAAAUUCCAAAAUAAUCUCACUCAUUAUAUUAAGGAAGGAUAUAGUGGUCGAUCUGUUCUGGAGGUUUGGACUUUUCCGGCAGCCCUCAUGUUCUCCCUCUCGAUAAUGACAAUGAUCGGCUAUGGGAAUAUGGUGCCAAAAACCCCGUGGGGAAAGGGAACAACUGUAAUGUAUGCUGUCGUUGGAAUUCCUCUCUAUAUCCUAUAUUUUCUAAACAUGGGAAAAGUUCUUGCAGAAAGUUUCAAAUGGCUGUACAGAAGAAUUCAUCAAUGCAGUGGUCAUCGAAAAUCCGGUGCACGAAUUAUUGUGCCAUCAACGGCGUGUCUUUGGGUAAUUUUCGGCUAUAUCCUCAUUGGAACAGUGAUGUUCGCCGAAUGGGAACAAUGGGAUUAUUUGGAUAGUGCGUAUUUUUGUGUGACAUCAUUGUCGAAAAUAGGAAUCGGUGAUUUUGUGCCUGGUGCAAAUCUCAUUGAAUCGAGCAGUGAGAAACCAACAAAAUUGGUUAUUAAUUUUGUCUAUUUACUAUUGGGUAUGGGUCUCAUUGCCAUGUGUUAUAAUUUAAUGAAGGAAGACGUCAAAGUGAAAGCACACGAACUCAAGGAAGAUUUAACACAAGGAUUAGAUGAUUUUCGACGACGUUUGUUGACAUGUUGUCGUGAAAGUCCUGAUCUUGAUUGAAAAUUUCGAAUUUCUUUGAUUUAAUUUACAUUCCUUUGU